CGGUCGGCUCAACAGUUAAAGUGAAGUCACCUUUAAGGAGCUUGAAAACUGGAGCCACCGGAGCUUAUUCCCUUUAACUCUGACCUUCUGUGAAACCAUGUUUCCACUCGGAUCCACUCGGGAUCUGUGAGGCGAGUGAAACCCGUCGGAAUCGAGAGCCAUGUCUCCACCCGGCCAUUCGCUCUGACCGAUUCACCGACGCCGGGCUGGAGAUGAGCUUAACGCAGUGGCUGAGCGUUUCCAGGAGGCGGCGCUGCUGAGACGGGAUUGAUCGGGGUUUCUGCCGCCGCCAUGGACGAGUUCUCGACCCGGACCUACGGCACCAGCGGCCUGGAUAACAGACCUCUGUUCGGAGAGACGUCGGCUCGGGAUCGGAUCAUCAACAUGGUCAUCGGAGGCUUCACGUCUGUGGUGGUUCUGGUAACCGUGAUCGGCUCCUUCGUGUUCCCCUCGUUGCCUCCGCGGCCGCUCAACAUCUUCUUUGCCGUCUGCAUCCUGCUGGCGUGCGGCUCCAUCAUCGUGCUGAUAUUCUGGUACCGGCAGGGCGACCUGGAGCCCAAAUUCAGGAAGCUGAUCUACUACAUGCUGGCCACCAUCAUGCUGCUGUGUUUAUGUGCCAACCUUUACUUCUUCGACGUCAGGUAGAGGAAGAGGAGGAGGAAGAGGAGCCAUCAUGGCGUUGACUGACAGAGGGAGGUCCAACGUGGACGAGUGGACCGAGACGGGACCAAAAACACGGAGGGUUAAAGUUCCCAGGGUCAGAGUUCAGACGGCAGAACUCAAACAGAAUCGUUUACCCUCCAGCGAGGAUCCAACUUGUGUUUCUGUGAUUGGAAAUAAAGAUCUGAACACAUUUAUUCCUCCA